AAACUCAAUCAGAUGAAGACUUGAAGAGCAAACUCAAAUGAGGAAGAUGGCAGACCCAUCAACUAAUAUGACAGAGAGCUUUGUUUCCAAUGCCUCAAUCUCAAAGGACAUCCCUGAAAAACAGGUCAAGCGUGUCCUGGGUUUUCUCAAAAUAUCCGGUAUUUCUGGCCCUGUUCCCGAUCACUGCGAUACUAAAGACUUCUACUCCCAUCUCGUACUCGACAUCCUCAAGCCCCUCGACAUUCAACGAGGCCGUGUCACCUGCCUUGUCUCCGUAAAACCUGCUUUCACUAACUUUUUCGGUGGAUUUCAUGGAGGAGCUAUAGCUGCCGUUGCUGAGGCGGUGGCGUUUGCUACUGCAAGAACGGUUGUGCCCGAGGAUAAGGAGCUUUUUCUAGGGGAGCUAAGCAUCUCUUACCUAUCUUCUGCUCCAAAGAAUGCAGAGGUGAUAGUUGAUGGAUCUGUAGUGCGGAGUGGAAGAAAUCUGACUGUAAUAGCACAGGAGUUCAAGCUUAAGAAAACAGGCAACUUGAUAUACACUGCUCGUGCUACCUUCUAUCACAUGCCUGUUUCAAAGUUAUGAAUUUGGAUGUUGAGUAUUGACUGUAUAUCUCUAUUUGUGUUACCUCACUUUGUACCUCAUCGCUCUGCCUUCACCAUAUUACCAAUUGUGGUAUUUGGCUGAAUUGAUUCUGGCAAUAUGUAUAUACAAGUUAGUCUCCAAUAAUACCCUUGAUUCCUUGAAUAAGAA